AUGAUAGAAGUUGUAUGUAAUGAUCGUUUAGGUCAAAAGGUUAGAGUUAAAGUAAAUCCUGAUGAUACAAUUGGUGAUUUAAAGAAAGUCAUUGCUGCUCAAAUAGGUAUUAGACCAGAUAAGAUUAGAUUACAAAAGUGGUACAACGUAUAUAAAGAUCAUAUUACACUUGAAGAUUACGAAAUUCAUGAUGGUGAUGGACUUGAAUUAUAUUACAAUUAA